UGGAAGAGUUAUGACCUGCCGGAAGAAAAAAAAAAUGGGCGAGGUGUGUGCGUUUUUUUGGCAGUAUUAGGCCGACAGUAACAGUAUUGGCUCUGUUCUGUUGGUUCGCGUUCAUUUCAGCCUCCUUUACCGACCUCAAUUUGCUUCUGCCUCCCUGAUCUGAUUACCUCCAUCGCCAUUUUCCCCACACUAUAAAUUAUAAACCCUAGCUUCAACUCAGAUUCCCUCCACCUCAACAUCAACACUUACCAAUUUCUUAUUUUCUUUCAGUUGCUUGCAGAACCCAGACACCACUUUAUUCCCACUUUUCAGCAUCUUUCAAUAGGAACCUCCCGUUGAACCAAUCGACAUUGUUAACUACAACCACUGAUACCGAUCGCCAGAAAAUUAGUUAUUCCAGAAACAUGGGCGGAGGAAUCCUCAUCACCAAAGCUGUGGCGGUGGUACUGGUGUUGGUGGCAGUGUUGGGUGGCUCAGUUCAGUCGGUGGAAUCAGCAAUAGGGGUGAACUGGGGUACCAUAUCCAACCACCGGUUGGCACCUUCCACGGUGGUGGAUCUUCUCAGAGACAACAAGAUUCAAAAGGUGAAACUUUUCGAUGCUGACCCAGAUUGUCUCCGAGCUCUCAUGGGCAGCGGUAUCGAGGUUAUGGUUGGCGUCUCAAAUGAUCUAUUGGCCACCCUCAGCUCCUCCUCCGCCGCCGCCGAUUUAUGGGUUUCCCAGAAUGUCUCCAGAUAUAUGGUUCGAGGCGGAGCCAACAUCAAGUACAUCGCGGUAGGAAACGAACCAUUCCUUACAAGUUACGGUGGACAAUUCCAAUCAUAUGUGAUGCCCGCGAUAACAAACCUCCAACAAUCCUUAACAAAAGCAAACUUAGCAAACAAUAUAAAGCUUGUAGUCCCAUGUAACGCGGAUGCCUACGAGUCUUCUCUCCCUUCCCAAGGCGCAUUCCGACCCGAACUCACCCAAAUCAUGACCGACCUCGUUGCAUUCCUCAAUUCCAACGGUUCCCCCUUCAUAGUCAACAUCUACCCAUUCCUAAGUCUCUAUUCCAAUUCCGACUUCCCCCAAGACUACGCCUUCUUCGAAGGCACAACACAUUCGGUCACAGACGGACCGAAUGUGUACUACAACGCGUUUGACGGAAACUACGACACGUUAGUUUCCGCCCUUAACAAACUCGGAUUCGGUCAAAUCCCAAUUGUUAUCGGGGAAGUCGGUUGGCCUACAGACGGAGCAAUCACUGCAAAUGUGAACGCGGCUAGGGUUUUCAAUCAAGGUCUUAUAAACCAUGUGUUGAGCAAUAAGGGUACCCCUUUAAGACCGGGACAGGGUCCCACGGAUGUUUAUCUUUUUGGUCUUUUUGAUGAGGAGGCCAAGAGUGUGCUUCCCGGAGGUUUUGAGAGACAUUGGGGGAUUUUUUCUUUUGAUGGGCAAGCGAAAUAUGCUUUGAACCUUGGUUUGGGUAAUGGGUUGUUGAGAAAUGCUAAAGAUGUUCAUUAUCUUCCUUUUAGGUGGUGUGUGGUGGACCCGUUGAAAGAUCUUUCCGGGGUUUCCGAUCAUUUUAAGUUGGCGUGUACGGUUGCGGAUUGCACGAAUUUGAAUUAUGGGGGAUCGUGUAAUGGAAUUGGUGAAAGGGGUAACAUUUCUUAUGCGUUUAAUAGUUAUUACCAGGUACAAAAACAGAAUUCUAGAAGCUGUGAAUUUGAUGGACUUGGGAUGGUGACAUUUCUGAAUCCUUCAAUGGGUGAAUGCAAGUUUCUUGUUGGGGUUGCUGAGGAAGUGGUAACUGAGCAUGUUUCGGUUGGUUUGCAAUUGUAUAGAGGAUCUGUUAUUGUUUGGUUGUUGAUAUUUUGGGGGUUUGGGGUAUUUAUGAUUUGAAUAGGGUUGUAUGAGGUUGGAU